UAUGAUUCAUAUUUGAAUUUUGAAUGAAAAUAAUUUGAAAUCUGAAAAUCAUUUGUAUUUUUUUUUCGUUGAAAAUGAAAUUCUACAACAUUUUGACCGUCGCUACUAUUGUCAUUUUAGUGGCUUUUUUCGAUAAUGUUCAUGCCGAUUCACAAGCACAAGAACAAUGUCGCCAAUUACAUCAUGUUGAUAUUGAUCCAUCUGGUACAAAAUUUCUUAAUAAUAAUUGCCGUUUAAAUUGUAAUAUUCAUGGACAAAUUUAUGGCCACAAUAUAAAUGAAGGUCGUACUUGUAUGAUUGGCCAAACUAAUUAUGUUUGUCAAAAUGGUGAAUGUGUUGGCCAUAAUCGACAACAUGUUGGCCAUAUUGAUAUCGAAUUGAUUUCGGCAUCAUUAUAUGAAAAAGCCAAUGCAUAUGCUACUGUUUGUAUAAUGAAUAAUUCAUUGCCCAUAUCGCUUCCCAUACAAGAUCGACGAAACUGUAUCUCAUGUUCGACACAUGUGAAAGAAAAUACCAACUAUCCAGUAUGGAAUGAAGUAUGUGUCGGUUCCAGUAAUUAUUUAUUUGUCAGUGAUUCACGUGUUACAACUGAAGUAUGGGAUCAUCAUGGUUCAAACAACAAUGUUUUCUUGGGUGGUGUCACAUUAACCAUCGAUCAAUUGGUCAAUCAUGGUGAUAAUCAUCGUCAAAUUAAUUUGGCUAUGGCUGGUGGUCAUAAUCCAGGACAAUUAAGCACUCGUAUUACUUGGACACAGCGUACUUGAUUAUGAAAAAUUUAAUUGAAUUGAAUUGCAAAAUGCAAAAUGCAAAAUUUCAAAAAUUUUAUUUUUAUUUUUUCAAAGAGUAUCAUUGGGUAACAUUGAUGAAUCGGCCGUCCUAUGUAGCCCAUAUAAAUUUUGAUUGAAUCUUCCUCAUGGAAGGGUCAAUAAAGCUUUUUCACCAUUUUCAGGUUUCUAACCCCACCCACUUCCGCUAGAGCCAUACACGUUACUUUUUUUUAAAUCUCUUCAAAUCGCUCCUGAACAGCCACCACUUGGAAUAUUUUUGUGAAACUCGGAACAAUUAUACGUCGCACCACACGGUUCAAGAAUCAUGUCAUAUGAAUUUGAUAACUCCAGCCUCUAGAGGUCAAAGGGCAAAAAAUUGUCACUCCUAACAGCGAAGAGGUAUACGCAAAUUGACAUUUUUUUAAAAAAACUAUUCCAUUUUUUUCUUAAUUCUGAAGUUUUGAUAAAAAUCAAAGUUGUGCAAAGUUGUUUUCCAGCCCAAAAACCAUCAAAAAAUCGGCCAAGAUAGCUAUUCCGUUUCCUGAACAGCCGUAUACAUCCCAAAUAACGCCGUAUACGAUCGGCUGUUUUGCAGUAGAUCAUUCAUAAAUGCAAUGAUAUUUAGAAUGUACACGGCUGUUCAGGAAACGGAACAGCUAUCUUGGCCAAUUUUUUGAUGGUUUUUGGGCUGGAAAACAACUUUGCACAACUUUGAUUUUUAUCAAAACUUCAGAAUUAAGAAAAAAAUGGAAUAGUUUUUUAAAAAUGUCAAUUUGCGUAUACCUCUUCGCUGUUAGGAGUGACAAUUUUUUGCCCUUUGACCUCUAGAGGCUGGAGUUAUCAAAUUCAUAUGACAUGAUUCUUGAACCGUGUGGUGCGACGUAUAAUUGUUCCGAGUUUCACAAAAAUAUUCCAAGUGGUGGCUGUUCAGGAGCGAUUUGAAGAGAUUUAAAAAAAAGUAACGUGUAUGGCUCUAGCGGAAGUGGGUGGGGUUAGAAACCUGAAAAUGGUGAAAAAGCUUUAUUGACCCUUCCAUGAGGAAGAUUCAAUCAAAAUUUAUAUGGGCAACAUAGGACGGCCGAUUCAUCAAUGUUACCCAAUGAUGCUCUUAAUAAAAACAAAAUAAUAAAAAAUCAUUCAUAAACAAAA